AUGCGUAUUCUUACUCUCAGCUCUCUCUUCUUCGUGGUCUGUAGCAAUGCUACACCAACGCUUUCCCGCAAGAACGCUUCUACCGCCAGUGAACGACUUGGAUUGACCUGGUUGGGAGGUAACAGCACGCUCCCCAAAGUCUUGGUACUUUUCACAGGAGGCACCAUCUCAGGCGGCUCAAUUCACGGUGCUUUGGAUGACACUCAGUAUGGCGACCUAGGAAUCACUGGGGAGCAAAUCAUAGCUCGCAACCCAUACCUUCUCAACAAUACACAACUUGCUGUUUCCAAUUGGACAAGCGAUGAUGGCUCGACGGGCACCAACGAUGCCUUAGUGAUGAACAUGACCCGGUUCGCCUAUGACGCUCUGUGCUCAAAAGAUAGCGAUAUCGUCGGCGCCGUGUUCACCCAUGGAACCAACUCGCUCGAAGAAACGGCAUUCCUUAUGGACAGUCUCGUAAAUUGCGGCAAACCUAUUGUUGCAGUCGGGUCAAUGCGGCCUUGGACGUAUCUCUCUUACGACGGAGACGCGAACUUCUUCGAUGGUGUCAAGCUAGCUGCAACUCCAGAAGCACGAAACCGAGGCGUCAUGGUUGCAUUCAACGCCCGUAUCAUACCGGGUUAUUGGGCGACCAAACUGCAUUCCACAAACCCCGACGCCUUUGGCGCCACUGCUACAGGGGAUCUUGGCCUUUUCAUCAACAGCUUACCGGUCUUCUACAACACACCAUCACAACCACUUUACAAGCAUGCCUUUGAUCUGUCUCAGGUAUCCAAACACUCCUCAUAUCCCGCCCUUCCGAAGGUCGACAUUCUUUACGCGGCCCGCGAGUUCGAUGGAAAGCUUGUGCUUAACUCUCAAGCGAAUGGCGCUGCAGGAGUAGUGAUCGCUGGUACCGGCAACGGUGGAGUACCAACGGGCCAGGAUGAGAUUGCCGAAGCGAUGGAGAAGGGACUGCAGGUCGUUGUCGGGACUAGGAGUCCGUUCGGACCGAGCAGUCCUGACCUGACGCCUUCGUACGCCAAGUCGGGCUUUGUCCAUGUCAUCCAGGCUAGAAUCAUGUUGCAACUUGCGAUUGCCAGCGGCAUGGGUAUGAAUCAAACUAUUGAGUUGUUUGAGGGUGCGUUCAGAAAGGCUAUUGGAGAGCCGUGGAGUCCUGGCAGCUAG